AUGGUCGGAUUUUCGCCUUGUGUCAAGGAGAACCUCUACACAUCACCGCGCCCCGAAGACGAUCCUAAAGCGGCCGUGAAUUCCAUCAACUCUCCGCAAGCAGAUGCAGCAUGUGUGCCUUCUCGUGCCAUUCACCCUCAGCCAUGGUGCGGACAGCAUCAGACGAGCAGUGAUGUUUCUUCACGAAAUGUCUAUAACUACAGUAAUCAGGAAGAUAAAGAGAAAACACCAAUGUGCCGCAUAGCGGAGCUUGCUCGCUUUCACAAGUUGAAGCACGAAUACAAACUUAUGGAUGAGAGUGGACCAGCUCAUAAAAAAAUGUUUACAGUACAACUGUUUCUAACUGCUGAUGAGGUUUUCGAAGGUAGUGGUGCUUCAAUUCAAGAAAGCUCAACAAGCUGCUGCUGCAGUAGCGCUAGCAGGCACAUCGCUAGCGAUGCCACCAGAAAAGAAGAGAAAGAAAGAUACAAGCUCACCGCCCGUUUUGCUAUCG